AUGAUAAUGAGGAGCCUGCGUCUGGCAGAUGUUAAGCAUCGGGACCAGGAAUUGAGGAGAAUAAGGAGAAUUCCGAUUGAUACUCUUUUCCUCUCUUCCGAUCUGGCUGUCACAAGAUUUUCUGUUCAUGUUGUAGAGCGUCUGUGUGAGAUACCUGUAGACCCCCACACACACACAAUUAAGCAAACGAGUCAGAAUUUGGUUGUUGCGAUGAUAUCUUGCUCUGAUGAUGUUUUUCAUUUUAUGGACGAAAGCUUAGUAUCUUUACACCGGAAUCCAAAAAGAUUGCCUCGGAAACAGCGUUAUCAUGAAUGUUCCAGUAAAGCCAAUCGACAGCUGGUCAAGCGGAACCCGCCGUCGUCUUCUGGUGGAAUCGACCUUCGAAUCUCUUUAUCAAACACUUUCACUCGAAAUGGAAGUAAGGACAGGAGUUAUUCCAUUGGUCGACCGAAAACGAUUUUUCGGUUUCUUCGCCGGUUUCUUCAUCAUGUCAAUUUGCAGCAUGCCCAAUUAAUUUUGCUGUGA